UCACUGACCAACCGUCAUUUUUAUUUCGAUUCAAAUUUGAAAUUAUUGAUACUUUGAUUAGAAUUUUUCUUUUCAAGAAAUGUUUAAAUUAUAAAAAGUUUUAUGUAUAAAUAACUUCUAAACAUUAAGGUUAUUUAUUUAAAAAGACGUAGAUUGUGUCAAAAUGUCAACAAUCGAAGACGACUUGAUAGUACCAUGGGUUGGCUCUACUUGCUACAAAAACAGUUUGUCAGUUGUAGUUCUUUCUACAAACAAUACAGUUAUUGAUAACAUAGCAGAAGCACUGAUGAAUGUUCACGAAAUGGGUGACUUUUCGUGGAAACUAGUAGUGUUACGUUCUUUGUGCUUGAAGGAUAUCACAGAACAGUCUCAGUUAACGGGUAAACUGUCUAUAGAUUUUAUCAUCAUUGCAGUGGACUCCAGUAGACUGUUUUGCUUAGAUUGGGCGAAUGAUAUAUUAAAGCAGGUACAUCCGGACCUACGGAUAUGUCGUGUGGUGCUUGUGAAUGCAAUGGACUCCUCAAUACAUGAUAUGGCGGUGAACUCAAGUGAAUUGGUAACUUUCUGCUCAACACAAAGACUUGAUAUGUUAACUGCAAAUGUGUCAAAGCAAAAAGAUGUUAACUUCUUGGCUCGAAGACUUUUGAAAUACAUUGAAGUUUCUUUUGGUGUUAAUACUGGUAUACCAAAUGUUAACAUUUGAUUUGCUGAUGAAUUUGUAAUUAUUUUCUAAAAUAAUUUUGUUUUGUGAACUUAGUUUUGCAAAGACAGAAAUCUAUUGAAAAUACAUGCUUACUCAUGUACAGCAGAAUUCUGUAAAGUGAAGUCAUGCUAGAGAUAAAACAGAUAGCACUUUAAGAGGAUACUCUGCCUACCUUUAGCUGAACAUUCAGCUGCCAUAUAUCUGGUAGAACUUUACUGUUUGAUUUUUAACUUACGUUAAUGCAAAUUCGUUGCAUUUGUGACCCUUAUUUUUGAUCAGCAGCUAAUGCUGAAAAUUACUCAACACUACUAGCUAACUAAAACUUUUUUAAAGCUAGCCUUAUUUAUGAGGAGUCAAAACAGCUUGUUGCCUCUGGAUUCAGAGAAAUUAGUGCACAUUCACCAUAAUUUGCUUUGUUCCGUUUAUGUACUACAGUUCUUUUCAUGUAGAAUGGUGAGAGUGACAGUUUGUUUAACUCUUGAAAGUUUGCU